UCCAAAGCACUAGUAGCUAGCUAGACUCAAGACCAUCCAUCCCACAGUAUUAUUAAUCAUAGCCCAAAAAUGAAGAUGAUGCAAGAAUCUCAAUCUCUCAUUUCCACCACAAUAAUGCUACUAGUAGCACUCACACUUACACUCUACACCACCACCACUUCAGCACAACUCUCACCAAUUCAACCCCCCACAACAUCACCAUCUCCCCCAGCACCACCCCAAUCCCAACCCUCCCCGCCAUCUCCGGCGGUAGCCUCACCGCCGGCCACAGCUCCGGCACCGGGAUUCAACACAGUCCCUCUUGUCCCAGUAACCCCAAGCGGGGCCCCCACACUGUCACCCAUUGUCCCCAAAGGCCCUACCAUUGACAUAGUCCAAAUUCUAAGAAAAGCCAAAAGAUUCUCCGUUCUAACUCGCCUUUUGAAAACCACCCAAUUGAUCAACCAACUCAACUCACAGCUCAUAACUUCAGGCUCAGGAGGGUUAACCCUCUUUGCACCAGAAGACAGUGCCUUCUCCAAACUCAAAGCUGGGUUCCUCAACUCUCUCACUGAUAGACAAAAAGUUGAACUACUACAGUUCCACAGCCUCUCUUCCUUCAUAUCCAUCUCAAACUUCGAUACCCUCACCAACCCCGUCCAGACACAAGCCGGUGACGACCCACAAAGGCUUCAACUUAACGUCACCACUUACGGCGGUAGCCAAGUCAACAUGGCAACCGGCGCCGUUAACGCCACCGUUACCGGAACCGUUUACACGGACAGCAAGCUAGCUAUAUACCAGGUGGACAAGGUGCUUCUCCCUCUCGACCUCGUACUUCCAAGCAAAGCUCCGGCGCCGGCGCCGGGGUUGGCCAAAAAAGGUUUGCCUAAGUCUGAUAAAAACUCGACGUCGGCAGAUGAUAGCGCCGGCGAAGGUGUCGACGGUGACGGUGAUGGGAAGGCUUUGCCAACGGGUACUUCUGCAGGUUGUUCUAUGAACGUGAUGAUGUGGGUGAAUGUUGUUGGAGUGAUGGGUUUUUUGGGAGGAGUUUUCAUGUGAUGUGAGUGUUUAUUGAUGGACAGAGGGAUCCAAUAAUUUUUGUUGUGCUUUGUGAGUGAAAUUUAUUUGUGUUUUGGGUUCUUGGUUUUGUGUGUAUAACGUAGGGUGAAAGUGUACGUGUAUGUAUCUGUGCAUGGCUCAGUUUCUUCUUCUUCUUCUUCU